CUUGGUUCUGGUCACUGCCAUCGACAUAUAUUUAUAUUUUCAUUUCGUGUUCCUUGCUUUUCUCUCUCUGAAUCUUCCCCGUUAUUCUCUCUCUCGGAGCUUCUGUGAAAGGGAGAAAAAUGGGGUUCUCCUCCUUUCUGGGUCGCGUCCUCUUUGCGUCCCUCUUCAUCCUCUCAGCAUGGCAGAUGUUUAAUGAAUUUGAUGCCAAUGGUGGACCCAUCUCGAAGGAGUUGAUUCCCAAGCUCACUGUCGUGAAGAAAAAUUUGUCUUCCAAAUUGGGGGUAGCUCUACCAGAUAUUGAUGCCCGGCAAUUCAUUUCUGUUAUCAUAUUUCUUAAGGGGGUCGGAGGGAUUUUGUUUGUGUUUGGCAACACAUUUGGAUCUUUUCUACUGCUUUUGCAUCUGGCGCUUACUACUCCACUUCUGUACGAUUUCUAUAACUAUAGACCCGGCAAGCCUAAAUAUAAUCAGCUGCUGAAUGAGUUCAUGCUGAACGCAGCACUUUUUGGGGCAUUGCUAUUCUUUAUUGGAAUGAAGAACUCAAUUCCCAGGAGUCAGCUCAGGAAGAAGAACCCUAAAGCAAAGACAGUUUAGAAAAAUAGAGCAAAACAUGUAUUAGUGUGCCAAAAUGCUUAGUUCGGCAUCCAACAUUUGAUCUUCAGCUGAGUUUGGAAUAGUUUACUUUUAGACAUAUUAAGAUUAUUUUGUUUAUUUGUGAGAUGGAUUAUAAUUUGAUUUUGAUAUGCUUCCCUUUUCACUUGCAA